AUGUCUUCAUCACCGAUGCUCAAUAAAUUGCUAUUCUUUCUCUGUCUGGCAGGAGCCAGUUUUGCCAGACAACAUCCAGAUGUCGACUGCGUUGUGUUGCAUCUGGAGAAAGUGAAAUGUACCUGGAACAGACAUGACAAUCUAUCAGUCAAUUAUACCUUCUUCAGCUGGUUUCAUGGUAAAAAAGCCAGCACAUGUGAGACGUACCUGACAAACAACAGUCUUACAAAUGGCUGCAUUCAGCCAUAUGGUGACAAACUUAACAGGUUCUACACAUUUUACACUAAUCUGGUGUACGGCAAUGACAGUUUUCCGAAGGAACAUGAACUUUUACACAAAGUUAAGUUAUACCCACCAACUAACUUGACCGUUCAGAACGGAUCUGACUUGAAUCUAUGGUUCUACUGGAAUCAGACGGAUCCAAAAUGUGUACAGAAUGAGGUUCGCUACAGGACCAACUACAAGAAGUGGGAUACAUAUACAGUCACUGAUGGCAAACAAAAUUACUGCAUCAACUUGCCCUCCAGCCGUUCCCAGUAUGAGCUUCAGGUGAGGAGCAGAUUAUCUAAAGUGUGUGCAGAUUCUGGCUGGGGCGACUGGAGUGAGCCUGUAUUCUGGGGAUCAAGCAACAGCACAGAAAGUGAGCAAGUCAAUGGUUCCAUGUUUGUGUGGAUAAUUGUGUACGUUCUGGCUCCUGUCAUACUCAUCCUACUUGUCGUGCUGUUGCUGCGUUAUGAGAGGUUUCGAGUCAUCUUCAUUCAUGUGGUACCUAAGCCUUCGCUGAUUCAAGACGCUGAGUCUUGGCUUCCAAUUCCCAAAGGCCUCAAGGAAGGCUUCAAGGCAAACUACCAUGAGAAGGCCUGUUGUGUUCGAGAGUACCACCAAUGA